AUGUCCGGUGCCACAUCAUCCAGCAGAGACUGCCUACAAGCCGGAGAAUCGUGCAAAAAUAACCCCAGCUGCAGCUUCAAUUUACGAACAUUGCGCCAGUGCAUAGCUGGCAAUGGUGCCAACAAGCUAGCGCCCAAUGCCAAGAGCCAGUGCAAGCGUACCGUGGACGCCCUUCACUCCAGCCAACUGCACGGCUGCAAAUGCAAGCGAGGGAUGAAGAAGGAGAAGAACUGUCUAAAUAUAUAUUGGAGCAUUCACCACACUUUGAUGGAAGGUGUAAGUGUCUUAGAGAGUUCACCCUAUGAAUCAUUUGUGAGAGGGUUUGACUACGUGAGGCUGGCGUCCAUCACAGCAGGCUCUGAGAAUGAAGUCACCCAAGUCAAUCGUUGCCUUGAUGCGGCAAAAGCUUGCAACGUGGACCCCACCUGCCAGAAGUUACGAACAGAGUACGUUGGCUUGUGCAUACGCCCCAUGCCACGGACUGACUCUUGCAACCGUUCCAAGUGUCACAAGGCCUUGAGGAAGUUUUUUGACAGAGUUCCAGCCGAGUAUACCAGUGAACUGCUCUUCUGUCCAUGUGAGGACACAGCUUGUGCAGAGCGGAGGCGGCAAACAAUCGUUCCAACAUGUUCUUAUGAGUCAAAAGAGAAACCCAACUGUCUCAACCCACUAGAUGCUUGUAAGGGUGACUACAUUUGCAGGUCGCGGUUAGCUGCCUUCCAGAUGGAUUGUCAGCCUUCAGUGCACUCCAUGACCGGGUGUGCACGAGAGAACCAUGCGGCUUGUCUGAUGGCGUACACAGGGAUUAUAGGUAGUCCUAUCACCCCCAACUAUGUGGACAACUCAUCCUCAAGUGUCGCCCCCUGGUGCACCUGUAACACGAGUGGAAAUCGGCAGGAGGAGUGCGAGAACUUCCUACACUUCUUCACAAACAACAUCUGUCUACAAAACUCUAUCCAUGCUUUUGGCAAUGGGACCAAUCUAAACCUGGCUCUGAAUCCAUCCGUGGCCUCCACAACUCCCGGGCAGAAGGAAGAGAAGUAUGCCAACGUCUCUGUCCCUACAGUAAAGGAAAGUGUCCAUGUCUAUGUCCAGCCCACCAAGGUCUCAAAGGAGGAGCCCUUUCUUGUAGGAUCUAAUGAAAUCAAAUCUGAAGUUUUCAACUCUCUUGGCCCAUCUUCUAGUUCCCAGUGGAUCAGCGGUGGAUGUUCCUUGAUCGUCACUCUAUUUUUUCAAAUCUUGAUCUAAAGACGGCUGAGAGUUCCCAGUUUUACACAAAAAAAAACACAAAAAUUUCUGGGAGGGAAACAGAACUGUGUCUUCUCUAUUUUUUUAUGUUAAUUCAUGGUAAUCUUCAAAGUCCUUCCUUUCAUUUGUCGUCUUUUGAAAUAAUGCGGAACAUCUCUUUGAGUCUCGGACUGGACUUUCAGACACAUUUUGGAAGGCCAGGUGGAAGUCACCUGGAGUCGUCUGGAACAUUGGCUCGGAAUUGGUGCCAGCCGUCCUAUGGAGUCCUGUGGAGCAUCUAAGACAGUACUCAGAUGUCUACUGCAGAGUGCAAGAAUUACAGAUAAGCAUAACUUGUGGUGAAAUCAAAAACAUUCUUUGAAUAAAUUGUUGAUGUUCCUAAAUCCUAUAGUGUGUAGGAGAAAAUACAUAAAAGAUCGAAAAAAUCCUACAGACUCUUCUUUUCUACAUUCUGGAGAGGGAUUGGGUUGAGAUGUGUAAAUUUCAUGUAUGGAUUCAUCUUUUAAAGGGCAAUGGAAGAGAAAGUUAUACCAUGAAAGACAUGGAUCCUCUAAGAUGGUAUCAUCUCCUGAGCAUCUCAACUGCUUGUGUUCCUUAAACCCUCUCACCGAACCUUUUCUUGUCGGUCAUCUGAGACAAUUUCUACAAGAGGAGAUAAAACAGCGCUUUCACAAUAUAAUGCAAAUUUGUUUCAUCUUAUGUCUACAGAUUUUUUUUUAUUUUGAUCAUAACUUGGUUAUUCUCCACCCCUUGGACUUUAUUUUCCUUUAUGAAUUAAA